UCAUUUGGAAGUUCCACUUGGCUACCGGACAGAGCGCACGGAUCUGAAACUUGGAAGUCAAAAGGCAACUGCUAGUAAUUUGAGGUUCUCCAGAAUGAUCCCAAUUUUGAGUAUCUUGGUUUUCAUUUUGGUUCAAGGACAUGUGGAGUGUGACAGGGAACUUUACCCGGCUUCCAUGUUCAGAAUGGAUGUUGACGACAGCCAGCCAAGUGAUCUGUCGGAAAAUGGCGAAACUGAGCCUCCCCGAGGAAAAUCAGAUGGUGAAAGGCGCGCAGUUGAGGAAAUUACUCCUCAGCGGUUGAAAGAAGUCAUUGCUGAUGCCUAUGGUUUCCAAAAAGAUCCAAAGGAUUACCGGUGGAAAACCCCCCUACCAAGUUUUGAAGGUCAAAUCGGAAAAGGAGGCUGGGCAGCAGCUGCACAGUUAGCAGAGCAAUUCUUCAGAAACAACAACAACCACGCAACACCAUGGCAAAAUUUACUGGCUACACGAACCCCCAUCAACCUCCUUUACAUCACAGCUGCUAGAUACCUUUUUGUAACCCAUGUUCUUUGGGUUCAAAGUAAUAGACAGUUAAUUGCUUGCAAGGAAAAGAGAGACAAAUACAGCGGCAUUAUUCAAAGUUUCGAGAUCCCUGCAACUGGAGUGUGUUUUCCUUUACCUUAUGGCAGCGCCACCUACAAGUCAGACUACGACGUCGGGCUCAUCGGAGUAAAUUCUGGAACCCUCACACAGAGCUUUAAUCAGUAUUUUCAAGCCGCGGCCCCGAAUGGAUUUGGCAAACCCUCAGAGCUUGUAUUUGACACAAAUGUAUACGCCUUCACUCUGGAAUUCGCCAUGCCCAUGAUGUUUCUCAAGCUACCCGAAACGUUUGCUGCCAAAGUUGCGAAACUUGAAACAAAAGUGAGGUACAAAAUGCAAGAAUUGGCCAGUGCUUAUUAUAAGAUGUUCAAGUACAACAACAAUUUUUUUCAAGCGUUGACGAUGUCAGCUCAAAAUAACAUGCAAGCUGCGCCUUGGCAGGUUCUGAACGAGUGGCUGACAGCGUUCGACAACAUGAACAACGCUGAAAAUUUCAGAAAAGGGGCAAGAUCCUACCAAGCCUUCAGACUCGCCCACAAUAAUAGGUACCAAGCGUUUGUGGCAGCCGUAUCACAAAACGGAGGAUAUGUACCAAACGAGAUAGACAACGUUGUUAAGGCCCUACUCUACGCUGCAGAGGCAUAUCACACCCGCGGCGCCAUACGACAUGUGGUACAGGGAAUGCAGAUGAAGGCGAUCGAUAGGGGCGACUUUAACACACCGUUGUCAACUUAUGACCUGUGGGUGUCCAUGAUCGAAAACUGGGGAGAUGCAAAUAAGGAAUACCACCACUGUCAGGAACUGAAUGUCUCCAUAGUGAAGUGCUUGAACAAGAUGAGUAAAUACCUGUGGAGGAUGUUCAACGCGAUGCGAUUAGUCCGUGUCCGUCUGCCAAUUAGAAAGAGAUACGGAUUGCUAGCCUUUGGUACACAUGAUAACCCCGAGUCAGCCGCGCUGCUAUGGCGGCGUAAGGGUGAAAGAGCAGAAAAGAAAUGGUAUUACCUGUUUUUGAAAAAGUUCCAAUGCAAUGCCUUAGUGAAUGUGGAAAUUGCGCCUCUAUCCAUGAUAUGUAUGACAAAAAUCAACGACAUGGUAAACGCCUACAAUACAAAGCUGGCAGCUCUUGUGACCAACAAGAACGGAAAAGGAAUGUAAGCCUCAAUCUUUUUGUGACGACCUCAAGGAAAAAGUGAUAACUUCUCCCAACAAAGCCGAUGCAUUGUCAGUCAACAGGUGGGAAGACUUAAGGAAAUCAUCAGGAGACCAAAAUCGUGUUGAAGAUACGUCUUAAUUCUCACAGUUGAUUUAAUUUUACCCUGUAAGGAUAAUUUCUAAUCACAUGUAAGUUGGGUGGCUAUCGUAGAUCAUUAAAGCAGUAUGGGUGGUACCAGUGGGGUUAGCCAUGAAGCAUAGCGUAAAACGGCCAAAAGAAACUUAGCCGUUGGGCGUAAAAAUUAACAAAUUUUAACCGUUGGUCGUAAAAAUUAACACAUUUUAACCGUAAGUCGUCAAAAAAAGUUAACCGACAAAAGUGGAAGGUAAUUAUUAAUCGUUAGGCGUAAAAUGGCCAAAAUCUUAACAGUUAGCUGUAAAAGUCAUCACUCCACUGAGACCCUCAGUAUAGCUGCAGUGUUAUAUUUUACUAUGAACUUACUCAUAUUUAAAAUAUACGUAAUUAUCAUCUGCUACUAUCUCAAGUUAAGGUAAAUUAGUCCUACACUGGUGGAAAAAACUGUCGUAAAACAGAUAAAGUGUCUUGCAACAUGACGACUCAAUAGGAAAAAUAUAAACUGAUAAGAACCAACAUCUACAAAAACUGGAGAUAACUCGCAAUUCUGAUGUUUGAAUUUCCUAUUAGGCGCCAUUUUGAAUUGUUUGACGUCACACGGUCGCCAUUAGGAAUCAUUUUCAGUAACUGAGCAAAUGCGCUCCUACCCCUCCCCUAAUCCAACAUCUACACCAACUUGUUAGAAGUUGAUUGUUGUUGGGUUAGGGGAGGGGUGGGUGCGCAGCUGCUCAGAGAUUGACACUGAUCCGCCAUUAUUAUGAUCAAACAAUAGCUCCUAUGACCGCAGGAGUUCUGAUCAGGCAUCAUGCAGAUCAUGGUAGCAUCUAGAAAACGUCACACGAUCCAAUUUCUCCGCACACAAUAAAUUCUAUAGUUUAAAAAAGCCAAGGUCUGUUUGGUUUUUUCCUCACAAAAUUUUUUUUCCGCAUUUAUGCAGACAAGUGUUUGCUGAAGAGAUCAUCUUUGAUAAUUUCACGACAAUUUGUUUUAACUGUACGAAGUGGUUUGGUAUAACGAUUGAGAGGAGGCAAUAUACGCCCUCGUGUCAUGGAGGCCUUUAACUCCCGAGAUCUGAUUAUUAUCUUCCUCACCAGCUGCGUCACAUUUCCUGAUAAAUUAGUCCACGAGAAUUUGGUGUUAGAUCAAGAUAAUAAUUAUCUGGUAAGUUUGAGCAUUCUCACUACCUGUCAGCUGAAUUAUGUAUGGAUAUUAUUGGGAGAAGUUAUAUGUAAAUCACUUGUAGGGUUAAAAAGAGAACGCUCAUAUUCAGCUAUCUUUGAUUUAAGAUAGUCGUUGCAUGAAAAAUAUCUAAGAUAUUCGAGCUCUAAAACCAACAGAGAAAACUCUUGAUUAAAAAAUUGGUAAAAAGUUGGUAAAAGAAUCCAUGAUUGUACUUUGGAAUCAAUUAUAAAGUAAUAAUGAUAACAUUUUUUAAGAGAUUGACGAUUUUCCGUUUUUCGCCUUACAUAAAGUUGAACUUUGCCUACCAAAUAAUCUAAAAUCGACUAAAAUUCGGGAGUGUAUAUUGUUAUUAUCAAAUUAUUUUAAUCGCAUUUAA